GGAAAAUGAAACGCAAAGUCAGUGAUGAACGCUGCAACAUCACUGUGCCCUCAAGAGAAAAGGAAACAGUAGCCAUGUAUGGCCAGUCACUUCAGAAAGGUCUGCUCAACCACUAGGAGCUGUUUCCUUGUACUAGGCCUCCCCCUGCUGGAAAGAUACUGAAUACCUCUGAAAGUCUGAAUUCUGAAUAAAUCUGAAAGAUGAACAGCCGGAUUUCUCUUCAUUACAACUACACGGGAAAACUGGACAAUCGUAAGGAAGAAAGUGGCGCUAUAGAUGCUAAAACUGUGGUAUUCCUAAUUAUAUGCUGCUGUAUAGUCCUAGAGAACUUCAUAGUGCUGGUGGCAAUAUUGAAAAACCACAAAUUCCACAACCGCAUGUAUUUCUUCAUUGCGAAUCUGGCACUCUGUGACUUGCUGGCAGGAGUGACCUAUAUAGUCAACUUGCUCAUGUCAGGUGAGAGGACACUCCAGCUGUCUCCUGCUAUUUGGUUUGUACGAGAAGGGAGCAUGUUUGUUGCACUGGGCGCCUCCACCUUCAGUUUGCUUGCAAUUGCCAUUGAGAGACACAUGACCAUGAUUAAAAUGAGGCCUUACGACGCAAACAAGAAAUACAGAGUGUUCCUGCUCAUCGGUGCCUGUUGGCUGAUAGCCAUUUUAUUGGGAGCUUUGCCAAUCAUGGGGUGGAACUGUCUGGACAAUCUGCCCGACUGUUCCACUGUCUUACCUCUCUACACCAAGAAGUACGUGGCCUUUUGCAUUACGAUCUUCAUGGCCUUGCUGCUGGCCAUCUGCGUGCUGUACGCCCGCAUCUACACGCUUGUGAAGUCCAGCAGCCGCAAGGUCACCAAGCACAGCAACUCGGAGCGCUCCAUGGCCCUGCUGCGGACGGUCGUCAUCGUGGUGGGGGUUUUCAUCGCCUGCUGGACGCCCAUCUUUGUGCUCCUUCUGAUUGAUGUGGCCUGCAAGCACAAGCAGUGCCCAGUCCUCUUCAAGGCCGACUGGUUCAUCGCACUGGCGGUGCUGAACUCGGCGAUGAACCCGGUCAUCUACACGCUGGCCAGCAAGGAGAUGAGGCGCGCCUUCUUCGGCCUGGUCUGCGGCUGCCUGGUCAGGACCAAGGCCGCUCGCGCUGUGCUGCAGCCCGGCUUCGAAAACAGCAGGAGCAAAUCCAGCAGCAGCCACUGCCAGAAACAGGACAAGGAGAACCCGGAGAUUGUGGCGUCCCCCACGUCUCAAAAAUCCCCAUAA